AUGGGGAGGAGGCCUGCAAGGUGUUAUAGGCAGAUUAAGAACAAGCCAUACCCGAAGUCACGUUUCUGUCGCGGUGUGCCUGAUCCUAAGAUCAGAAUUUAUGAUGUUGGAAUGAAGAAGAAAGGUGUUGAUGAGUUUCCCUUCUGCGUCCAUCUUGUGAGUUGGGAAAAAGAGAAUGUUUCAAGUGAGGCACUUGAGGCAGCUAGGAUUGCUUGCAACAAAUACAUGACCAAAUUUGCUGGGAAGGAUACGUUUGGAAAAUUCAUUUAUCACGAGUAA